AUGCUUUUUGGUUUAUUUCUUGAUCCGAUUAUUGUGACUUUUCAAAUUGCUUCAGAUCUGGUGAAACAUGCUAAUCUAGCAGAUGGUGUCAUAAAUCCUGAGGAUGUUGAGGCAAAAACAAUGGUCGCUUUAUCACCAAAAAGCAUAAAGAAAUAUGAAUUCCAAGAAUUUGAUAAAAUUAUUGUGAAGAGGUUUUAUAUAGGACCAUGGUCGUUAAAUGAGUCGUUAAUUUGUAAAAAAUAUGUCUUCUCGAGAGUUCCGGUAAUUAUAAUGUUGGAACUUUACAGCAAGACAGGUGGUGUGCCAAAAUAUGUCCUUCAAAAGAUUGAAGAGGCAAUGAAAUAUUAUGACCCAAAGACACUUAAAGAUGAUGAAGAUGAUGCAGACAAGGAUGGUGUAGACAAGCAUACUGCUAUCAUCAGAAAAUAUAAAAUAAAGCACCAAUCAAGAGUUGAAUACAUCCUAACUCCAGAAGAAUUUUCAGAUCAUAAUGAAGGAAACAAGGUUAUCCUACCAUCAAAAUCAAAUUUUGGUGCAGCAGAUCUAUUUGUUACUCCUGACAAUAUCUUUCAAAUAACAGUGCCAAAAAAACAUCCCAUCAAGCAGAAAUGUGGAACAAUGGGUUCUAAAGUGAUCGGAAAUACACCAACAUCUAAAUUUGCAGCUAUUGGACACGAAGAAAAACAUAUAUUUGGUAUUCAAUUUCACCCAGAAGUAACUCAUACACCACUUGGUAAAAAUAUUCUUAAAAAUUUUGUUGUUAAAAUAUGUGAAUGCAAAAAAAAUUGGACAAUGGAAUCGUUUAUUGAUAAAGAGAUUAACAGGAUUCGUCAAUUGGUUGGUGAGAAGGGUCAAGUGGUUGGAGCAGUAAGUGGUGGUGUUGAUAGUACAGUAGCUGCUAAAUUAAUGAAAGAAGCUAUUGACAAUGGAGUAAUGAGACUUAAUGAAUGUGAGACGGUUAAGAAAAAAUUUGUAGAUCAAUUUGGCAUAAAUUUGAAAGUUGUUGAUUCAUCAGAAUUAUUUUUGAGUAAACUCAAAGGUGUGACAGAUCCUGAGAAAAAACGUAAAAUUAUUGGUAAUACUUUUAUUGAGGUUUUUGAAUCAGAAGCUUCAAAAAUUGACCAGGAAACAAGUAAUGAUACAAUGGGCAAAAUUGAAUAUUUACUACAGGGUACUUUGUAUCCUGAUGUUAUUGAAAGUAUAUCUUUUAAAGGUCCUAGUGCAGUUAUUAAGACUCAUCAUAAUGUUGGUGGCUUAUUAAAAGAUAUGAAGCUUAAAUUGAUAGAACCACUUAGAGAAUUAUUCAAAGAUGAAGUAAGAGAAUUGGGUAAAUUGUUAACAUUAGAUGAAGAACUAAUUUGGCGGCAUCCUUUCCCUGGGCCUGGAUUAGCAAUACGUAUACUGGGAGAGGUUACCCCCUCACAAAUAGACAUAGUUAGGCUAGCGGAUCAUAUUUACAUUGAAGAAAUUAAAAAAGCAAAUCUAUAUCGAAAAAUUAGUCAAGCUUAUGCUUGUUUGUUGCCGGUGAAAGCUGUUGGUGUGAUGGGUGAUAAAAGAACUUACGAACAAGUUAUUGUUCUGAGAGCUGUCGAAACUUCAGAUUUUAUGACGGCUGAUUGGUAUCAAUUUCCUUAUGAAAUACUAAAAAGAAUCAGUAAUAAAAUCAUCAAUGAAGUUAAAGGUGUAAAUAGAGUAGUUUAUGAUAUUUCAAGUAAACCACCUGCAACAAUAGAAUGGUACGGAAUAAGAGUAACGUGA